CUCCUAAUACACUCCCCCUACACCCCAUUCGAACUCCCCAAGAUAAGAGAGAAGGAGAGAGCCACACAACAAAGAUAAGCCAAAGAGAGAGCAAGCUGUCCGCAGAUUCGUUCUUCAGUGCGUAGCUCUGAUUGUUUGAGCCAUAACUUGAGCUUCACUCGUCCAAAUAAGGCUUAUGAUAUACCAAAAGAAAGCUCUCAAGACGAGGAAUCCGUGAAGGUCUGGUUUGCAGAAAUCGGAGUAGUGGAAGGCUUCCAAACCGUCCGAACAAAACACAACCUCGCAGAAGAGGAUUUAAUCUUCUAAAGAAACGAGUUAACCGGAAAACACCCAUUCUAGGGGCUGUUUUCGUAUCAACGAUUAAGGGUUGAACUAGCACUUUGAGGAGGCUGUUUAACACUUAUAUUUGAGCAAGGAAUUAGUUCCAAAUCCACCUUGACCAAAGCUUUGACCAUUGGACCAAGAAGGGAAAGUUUAAAGCUCAAUUGAGGUUGAGGCUAGAGCUUGCUUCCUGUGCUCGUUGCUCGAGAGAUCAUCUAGGAGCGAAGACUUGGUUCGUGCUUCCUCCAUUCGGAUUUUAAACAUUAAUAAACAUGCUCAUGGAUAUUUUAUUAUAGAGCCUGCGUGCUCAUGAAUAGCCCUACGUGGCCCUUUCGUUUUAAACAAUGUUUUCCGCUGCUUUAUGAAUUACUUAUUAUGUUGUUUAUGGAUGACUUAUGUGUGAAUGAUAUUCAUGACGCCUUGUAUAAUAUGAAUGUGUUGAACUGCGGUUGACUAUUCGUAUUGUACGGCGGGUUGUCGACGUGUCCGGGGAGGUCCGGGGCGUGACAAUUAAGUUGGUAUCAGAGCCAUUAUCCAUAAACUUCAUAAUGAAGUCUCAAAAUUCUCUUUUUGAAAAGAUUUUGAAAACCAUGAGCAAAGAAGUUUUGUACUUGGAGAGCUUUUGGUACUUGGGUUGCAAGGUCUCUAAUUGUUAAGAUGGUACCCUUAGCAAUUGGUAUGGCGGUGACUCGAGCCAAAAUGUGUCUUAAGUACCUAUCCGUCAAUUGACAUUUGAUACGAGUCUAACGACUCUUUCCAAAUUUCUUUCAGAGAUGGACCGUGGUGGCAGGAUUACUAGGAGAAACCCGACCGGCCGCGUACCAGUGGAGACUGGACAGGGCAGUCGAAGGACCUCUAGGGCAUCUAGAGGAGCUGGCCGUGGAGGCCGAUCACAGACCGUAAGUGACGGUCAUGUGGACACAGAAAGUGAAACCUACUGGUCCUAUGAGGACUCGACUUACCAACCGGAAACCGAGCCGGUUGAGACCCCUUACGAAGGGGAUGACGAUGAUGUAAGUGAUGAAGAGGGGGAGAAUGACUCCCUAGCAAGAAUCGAGGCGCUACUCCAACAGUAUCACCGCGAGCGUGAAGAGAGGAGGGAACGCCGAAGACGCCGGGCUGGGCAACUUUCAGGCAUGGCUUCGAGAGGAGGAAGUCAUGGUGCAUCUAGAGUCCAUGUGGAACCACAUGGAGGCCAAAAUGAUGGAGGUCCAACCAUAAGGAUCUCCAAAUUCAUCAAAGAAGCAAGAGAUUUGGGGUGCAAACCCUUUGAUGGAGCAGGGGACAUUUCAGUUGCAGCACAAUGGAUCAAGAGGCUAAAUGAAGCAGCCCUUGACAUGCAAAUCGCGCCAAGUCUCAAACUGAGAAUUGCGGUAAGAUUGCUCGAGGGGAUGGCAUCCAAGUGGUGGGAUGGAACCAAGAGCAAGUACGGUGAGACCGUCGUUUGGGAGGACUUCCAACGGGAGUUCUUUGCCCAAUAUUAUUCUGAUUUUGAGGUGAACAAGAAGGUGAGGGAAUACACCCUCCUAACCCAAGGAGGUAACAUGACAGUGAAGGAACUUGAGUACAAGUUCCGGGAUCUCGCCGACUACAUACCGGAGUAUGCUUGUGACGAGAACCGAAUGGUAAACCACUUUUGGGAUGCUCUUGACUUGGAGAUACGUGAUAGGGCAACACAAUUGCCUAAUAUGACCUUCGCCCAAGUGGUUGACCAAGCGUUGAAGGGGGAGAAGCAGUGGGAGGAGAGGAAGAAGAGAGACGCCGAGGAGGCGAAAAAGAGAAAAUGGGAGAGUCAUGGCUCCCAAGGUUCCAACAAAAAGGGGAACCAUGGAGGAGGAUCUUUCCGUGCACCGCCGCCACCGUCUAGGGGGAAUCAAGGCCCGAGUGGGCAAGGCUCGAGGUCACAAACCUCGGUGGUAACUCGUUGCAACAAUUGCAAGAGGAACCACUCCGGUAAAUGUCGCGACCCCCUAGAUGUUUUCAAUGUGGGGAUGCCGGGCAUUUGAAGGCGCAUUGCCCACAAUUGGGUGGGACAAGGACAUCGGGACCGAGCAGUGGCCCGACGGGUACACGGAAUCAAACCGGAGCGUCUCAAGCGAGCCGGGGACAUGGGGGAGCGAGUACGAGCAACGCACCAUCCGUGAAUCAAGGAAGAACUCAAGCUAGAGUUUAUGCGAUGACGGAGGCGGAUGCUCGAGCUAACCCGGACUCGGUUGCAGGUAUUGCCCCUUGCACAAUUGUAUUUUGCCCAUAUUUAAUCCAUAAAUUGAUGACAUAAGUCAUAGGGAUUGAGUGCGAGCCAUUACGGGGUCAAACGGCGAAAUUCGGGCCAAAACUGACCAAAAACAGGGACGCACGAUCGUGCGUCCAACCCCACCCACGAUCGUGCAUAGGGGGCAGGGGCUCCGGGUGAUUUUCGCGCAGGACACACGACCGUGCGUGCCGGUACGCACGCCGUGCGUGGACGCACGAUCGUGCGUGUCCGGGUACGCACGACCGUGCGUAACCGGCAGUAGCCGGAGGCGAGCUUUUUCAUGCACGCACGACCGUGCGUGUCCCACGCACGACCGUGCGUGGACCCCAGCCGCCCGAAACCUAAGUUUUCCAUCUCGUUCUUCUACGAUUGGACCCCCGUUUGAUUCUGAACCUUUAUAUGAACCUAUUAACCUCCAAAAAGGUGUCCUAAACCAUUAGAAAAGGUAUCUUACAUGGUGUAUACAUGUAGGAACAUUAAAGAUUAAUGGGAAGGAUGCACGAAUCCUUAUCGAUACCGGAGCGCAACGUUCGUUCGUGAGUGAGGCGUUCGCCGAGGACUUAGGGGUACAAUCAAUACCAAUGACGCACACAUUAGUGGUAUCAACACCACUAGGGGAUGACGUUGAAAGAACUAGUUACUAUCCAUCUUGUGAGGUGGAAAUUGAUGGCCAAACCUUGACGUGUGAUUUCGUACCGCUGAGUAUGAUGGAGUUCGAUGCAAUCCUAGGGAUGGAUUGGCUAGAAAAGCAUCAUGCUAGGGUAGAUUGCUACACAAAGGUUUUGGAACUCGAAGGCAAUAAUGGGGACACCCUACGCUUCGAGGGGGAUCGAGGCAAAUCAAACAGUUGUAUUAUCUCCGCCGUGAGAGCGAGAAGUAUGAUGAGAAAGGGAUGUCACGCAUAUCUAGCAUACGUGGUUGACAAAACCAAGGAGGAAACGAACAUUGACGACGUGAGGGUGGUUUGUAAGUACCCGGAUGUCUUCCCUAAAGACCUACCGGGGCUUCCACCUGAUAGGGAGAUUGAAUUUGUGAUCGAGGUCGAGCCUGGUACCAAACCAAUCUCCAUACCGCCAUACCGUAUGGCACCCGCUGAACUUAACGAGUUGAAAACCCAAUUGCAGGAGCUUUUGGAUAAUGGUUUCAUUAGACCCAGCCACUCCCCGUGGGGAGCACCAGUUCUUUUUGUGAAAAAGAAAGAUGGGACACUCCGAAUGUGCAUUGACUAUCGUCAACUGAACAAGGUCACAAUCAAGAAUAGGUAUCCUUUGCCUAGGAUUGAUGACUUAUUUGAUCAACUACGAGGAGCAACCGUGUUUUCAAAGAUUGACUUGAGGUCGGGGUACCACCAAUUGAAGAUUAAGGAGGAUGACAUACCAAAGAGUGCUUUCCGCACAAGGUGUGGGCAUUUUGAAUUCCUUGUUAUGUCGUUUGGGUUAACAAACGCCCCGGCGGCAUUCAUGGACUUGAUGAACCGAGUAUUUCAUAAAUACUUGGACCGAUUCGUGAUUGUGUUCAUAGAUGACAUCUUGAUUUACUCAAGGAGUGAAGAAGAGCAUGAAGAACACUUGAUACUUGUUCUUGAGACACUACGGGAGAAGCAACUCUAUGCCAAAUUUUCUAAAUGUGAAUUUUGGCUAAAGGAGAUUGGCUUCCUCGGGCACGUGGUUUCUGGAUCGGGAAUUGCUGUUGAUAACAAGAAGAUAGAAGCCAUUACCGAAUGGGAGAGGCCAAAGAACGUCAAGGAAAUUCGUAGUUUCCUUGGAUUGGCAGGCUACUACAGGAAGUUCGUGGAGAAGUUCUCUGUUUUGGCAUCACCAUUGACGAAGCUCACUCGUAAAGGGGCUAAGUUUGUAUGGGAUGACAAAUGUGAGAAGGGGUUCAUGGAACUAAAGAAACGAUUGACCGAGGCACCGGUACUUGCAUUACCCAAACAGGGUGUGGGGUACGAUGUCUAUAGCGAUGCGAGCAUCCAAGGGCUUGGGUGUGUACUGAUGCAGAAUGGGAGGGUAAUCGCCUAUGCUUCACGACAGUUGAAGAAGCAUGAGGUGAAUUAUCCUACUCAUGAUUUGGAGCUGGGGGCAGUGGUGUUUGCACUGAAGAUAUGGAGACAUUAUCUCUACGGGGAGACAUGUCACAUAUACACUGAUCACAAGAGCUUGAAAUACGUGUUUACUCAGAAAGAGCUAAACAUGAGACAGAGACGGUGGAUGGAGUUGAUAAAAGACUACCAUCUGGUGAUAGAGUAUCACCCAGGCAAGGCUAACGUGGUGGCAGAUGCCUUGAGCCGGAAAAGCUCGUCUGGGCCAUUGCUAGCUAAUUUGAGGGCAUUAAGAGCCCAACUGGAGGUAUCCAGCGAUGGUGCCUUAUUGGCACGAUUUGAGGUGAGACCUACGCUACUUGAUGAGAUCAAGAAGGGUCAGGAAACGGACGAAGAAAUUAUGAAGAUCCGGGAACGCAUAGAAGCAGGACUGGUGGAGGACUUCAGAGAAAGAGAUGACGGUCUUUUAUUAUUUCGUGACCGAGUGUGUGUACCGGCAGAUGAUGAGCUCCGAAAGUCCAUCUUAGAGGAAGCUCAUUCAUCGGCUUAUGCCAUGCACCCAGGGGGCACGAAGAUGUACCGCGACUUGAAGGAGAGUUACUGGUGGUCGGGUAUGAAGAGAGAAAUAGCCGAAUAUAUCAGUCGAUGCCUUACAUGUCAACAAGUUAAGGCAGAACAUCAGCAUCCAGCAGGCUUAUUGCAACCACUUUCCAUUCCUGAAUGGAAGUGGGAACACGUGACUAUGGAUUUUGUGGUAGGUUUACCACGAACAAUCAGGAACUAUGAUGCAGUUUGGGUUGUGGUUCACGAAGAGUGCACACUUCUUGCCUAUCAACACUACUUACCCACUUGAGAGGUUAGCCAAAUUGUAUACGGAUGAGAUCGUGAGGCUGCACGGGGUCCCAGUGACCAUUGUAUCUGAUAGAGACCCACGAUUCACAUCACGUUUUUGGCCAAAAUUUCAGGAGUCUAUGGGAACGAGGUUGAAGUUCAGUACUGCUUUCCACCCACAGACGGAUGGGCAGUCUGAAAGAGUCAUACAGAUCCUAGAAGACAUGCUGAGGGCUUGUGCAUUGGAGUUCCAAGGAAGUUGGGACAACCACUUAGCACUUGUGGAGUUUGCCUAUAACAACAGUUAUCAGGCAAGCAUCGGCAUGCCUCCAUACGAGGCAUUGUAUGGGAGGAGAUGUCGUACACCGUUAUGCUGGGACGAGGUCGGCAUGGCCAAACUCGAGGGUACUGAGUUGGUUGAGGUCACCAAAUCAAAGGUGAAGUUGAUUCGAGAGAGACUCAAAGCGGCUCAGGAUAGACAAAAGAGUUAUGCAGAUAAGCGUCGAAGAACCUUAGAGUUUAAGGUUGAUGACGAGGUAUUCUUGAAAGUUUCUCCUUGGAAAGGGAUCAUUCGAUUCCAAACCCGAGGAAAACUUAACCCACGAUAUAUAGGUCCAUUCAGAAUUAUAGAGAGGAUUGGGGCCGUAGCAUAUCGUCUACAGUUGACUCCUGAGUUAGAGAAGAUACAUAAUGUGUUCCAUGUAUCCAUGCUUAAGAAGUAUGUGCAUGAUCCCUCUCACGUAUUGGAAAAGCCGCCUGUGGAGGUACGUGAGGAUUUGAACUACGCGGUGCAACCAAUCAGGGUCACCGACAGGAAGGUGAAGAAAUUGAGGAGUAAAGAAGUCCCAAUGGUGAAAGUUCUUUGGAAGAGCGAUCGGGUCGAAGAAGAGACAUGGGAGAAAGAGGCUUUGAUGAGGAAGCAGUAUGCUUUCCUAUUCGAGUAGAGCUGUGAAUUUCGGGGACGAAAUUCCUGUUAAGGGGGGGGUGAACUUGUGACACCGCACCCAAACGUCCUUGAAAAUUUAGUUUUAAAAUUCAAAGUUUAUGUAUUGGAUUUCUGAUUCCCAAACGAUUGUAAAACGAUUAAUGUUUUACGUAAUUAAUGAUCGAUUAUUGUACUGAUCGAACUCGUAUAUUAGUAUCGGGCCUUAGUAAUAAAUAAGAGAGCCCAACAUUAUCAAAUUAAGUGAUAGGAUGAUUAGAGAAGAAUACAAAUGUCUAUAGUCCCAUCUUUGACAUUAUUGAGCUAAAUAAUGGGAGUAUGACUUUUUCCUUCUAUAAUAUCCAUCAAGUAAAUUAUUGGGAUGAGCCUACACAUAUUGGAAAUAAAUAAUGUGAUGUAGGAAGUUGACUUGUUCUAAAUAAAUUAGAAUGAGUACAAAAAGUCAUCUUUUGACAAAAGAUAAAAUAAUAGGACCCAUCUUUCCAUUUUUGGAAGUAUUGAUAGAUAUUUUGGACCCCAAAUUGAAUGGGAUCAAUUGGGAACCAUCCCACAUGACCUUGGUACCUGCAAGACAAAGGAAAAUGGGUGAGACAACUAUGUGGGGCGGACUUUUGACUCAUGAACUACAACAUUACAAAAAGGAAAUAAAAGAGGAGGUCCACACCAUGUUUGAUUGCAAUCAAAUACCCUACCCUUCUUUUUGUGAACCACAUGCUCUCUUAGCAUGAUUGAGGCCUCCUAAUACACUCCCCCUACACCCCAUUCGAACUCCCCAAGAUAAGAGAGAAGGAGAGAGCCACAUAACAAAGAUAAGCCAAAGAGAGAGCAAGCUGUCCGCAGAUUCGUUCUUCAGUGCGUAGCUCUGAUUGUUUGAGCCAUAACUUGAGCUUCACUCGUCCAAAUAAGGCGUAUGAUAUACCAAAAGAAAGCUCUCAAGACGAGGAAUCCGUGAAGGUCUGGUUUGCAGAAAUCGGAGUAGUGGAAGGCUUCCAAACCGUCCGAACAAAACACAACCUCGCAGAAGAGGAUUUAAUCUUCUAAAGAAACGAGUUAACCGGAAAACACCCAUUCUAGGGGCUGUUUUCGUAUCAACGAUUAAGGGUUGAACUAGCACUUUGAGGAGGCUGUUUAACACUUAUAUUUGAGCAAGGAAUUAGUUCCAAAUCCACCUUGACCAAAGCUUUGACCAUUGGACCAAGAAGGGAAAGUUUAAAGCUCAAUUGAGGUUGAGGCUAGAGCUUGCUUCCUGUGCUCGUUGCUCGAGAGAUCAUCUAGGAGCGAAGACUUGGUUCGUGCUUCCUCCAUUCGGAUUUUAAACAUUAAUAAACAUGCUCAUGGAUAUUUUAUUAUAGAGCCUGCGUGCUCAUGAAUAGCCCUACGUGGCCCUUUCGUUUUAAACAAUGUUUUCCGCUGCUUUAUGAAUUACUUAUUAUGUUGUUUAUGGAUGAUUUAUGUGUGAAUGAUAUUCAUGACGCCUUGUAUAA